GAAUAAGACGGUGGAUUAGUAGUACAAGAGAGAGGUCAUAGGUUGUUCACUUAACUGACGACCGUGAUUCUGGGCGGAAAACAAAUAAUUCAGUUGCAUUCAUCCUUGUAUAUAACACAUCCCUUGCAAAGCACGAAGCCAAAGCCAAUCCAACCCAACUCAACCUCCAAACACAAAAACCUUCCUUCAAAACCAAGCAAUUCAUUCCCAAUAAUAAUGUCUCAAACCCUCGGUUCCGAUGAGCCACCCCAAACCACCGAUUCCCACACCCCCUCCCUCCUCCACCUCUCCUUCAACCAGGACUCCGGUUGCUUCGCCGCCGCCACCGACCGCGGCUUCCGCAUCUAUAACUGCGACCCCUUCCGCGAGAUCUUCCGCCACGACUUCGGCUCCGGCGGCGGUGGCGUCGCCCUCGUCCACAUGCUCUUCCGCUGCAACAUCCUCGCCUUCGUCGGCGCCUCCUCCUCCUCCUCCUCCUCCGAACCCCGCUAUCCUCCCAACAAGGUCAUGAUCUGGGACGACCACCAGUCCCGCUGCAUCGGCGAGCUCUCCUUCCGCUCCGAAGUUAAAGGCGUCCGUCUCCGCCGCGACCGAAUCGUCGUCGUCCUCGCCCACAAGAUCUUCGUCUACAACUUCUCCGAUCUCAAGGUGCUGCACCAAAUUGAGACGAUUGUAAACCCUAAGGGCCUUUGCGACCUUUCACAUGUUUCCGCCACGAUGGUGUUGGUGUGCCCCGGGUUGCAGAAGGGGCAGGUUAGGGUUGAGCACUACGCUUCCAAGAGGACCAAGUUCAUCAUGGCUCAUGAUUCCCGAAUCGCGUGUUUUGCACUCACGCACGAUGGGAGGUUGCUUGCCACCGCCAGCUCCAAGGGCACACUCGUUAGGCUCUUCAAUACCCUCGACGGUUCACUGCUCCAAGAGGUACGGCGGGGUGCAGACAGAGCAGAGAUAUACUGCCUUGCUUUUUCUCCUACUGCGCAGUGGCUGGCUGUCUCAAGUGACAAGGGGACCGUUCAUGUUUUCAACCUCAAGGUAGAUUCCGGACUGUUGGGGCAUGACAGAUCACAUGGUACUUCUGAGGCAAAUCCUUCUAGCCCCACUGCGGUUUCAUCUCUUUCCUUUUUUAAAGGUGUGCUGCCUAAGUAUUUUAGCUCAGAGUGGUCUGUGGCUCAAUUUCGCUUGCAAGAAGGUUUGCAAUAUGUUGUUGCAUUUGGCCAUCAAAAGAAUACAGUUGUAAUACUAGGCAUGGAUGGCAGCUUCUAUCGAUGUCAGUUUGAUUCUGCAGCCGGUGGAGAGAUGACCCAACUUGAAUAUUACAAUUUCCUAAAGGCAGAGGAGACAUUCUAGUCUAGUAUGGAUGCAUGGCACUUGCUGUGAACACUAUUUGAAUUUUCUGUUUACCUCGUUAUUUAUAACGUGUAAACUGUAAAUAUGAGUAUUGCUAAAUCCACUAAUGUUAUCCGGUUGGUUCACUCUGUUGGCUUGUAUAUAUUAACACCUUAUUAUAAAUUAGAAUGAAUUGUCAGCUGCAUUCGCUCCAAA